AUUGACUAGUAUAAUACAUAAUUACAACACAUUUAACAGACAUGUAAUGCGAUUGCACAAUGAUAAAUUAUUGUCACAGUACAGAAUGUUAUGAGUCAUAAUUCAAUUUGUUUUGAUCAGACUUGCAUUUGACACCAAAGUUGAUACGGUCUGUAAUUGGGUCAUUAUCUUGUGAACAAUUGUUGUUGGGUUAUGAAUCUGCAGAAUUAGUUAUUUUUGCAAAUAUUUACUACAAGUAUGUGGAAAGGUGUAAAACCAGCACCUAUUUCUUCGAAUCACAUCAUUAAAAUGCAUUUCAUUUUGGGGGAAUUGGCUGUGUUUAUAAAUAUAAAUGCCAGUUUAGCAGGGUUGGAAUGAGCCAAUCACAGGGUUUAUGCUACAUAUACACUCAAAAGUUGCCAGCCCUGUUCAAAAUCUAGUGCCAGUCAUGAUUUUCAGUUUUGUGAAACAUGUACAUGUUUAUUAUUUUACACAAAUGAUUUACUGAUAAAGCCUUUUUGUGACAUUUGUUAUUGUACACUGGCUGCUAAAAUUAGCCCAACCACUGGGUUGUGGUAUGAAAUUUUGUCUCUGCCCACCUGAGAAAUAGAUUGUCUUGGGUAGCUGGGCAGGCUGUAAUUUCCAACCCAGGUUUAGUUUGAAUGGGAUAAUUAGUAGUAUAGAUCAAACAAUUCUUCUGCAGUAAACCAAGGUCAGAGUUCAAGCUAGUGUGCCACCAGUGGUCUGUCAAGUUGUGGUAUUCAACACAAAACCUUACUACAAAUUAAAAAAAAAGUAUUCAAAUGCAUUUAUUAUUUUGUAACAGGAAGGGAGAAAAUGCAACGGACCAGACCGGGAUUCGAACCCGGGCCCCCUGAAUCUCUAGUCAGGUGCUCUACCAACUGAGCUAUCUGGCUACCGGCGAUCGAACCCGGCUGACCGCUACAUUCCUCCCUCAAAUGUCUUCACACCCUGAAGACAUCAACCCAGGAUCUUUAUCGCCUGGCAGGCAUUUUCACUUGUCAGUUCCAGGGCCUGGUCUACGGCACCAAAUGUAACAGGAAGGGAGAAAAUGCAAUGGACCAGACCGGGAUUCGAACCCGGGCCCCCUUAAUCUCUAGUCAGGUGCUCUACCAACUGAGCUAUCUGGCCACCGGCGAUCUAACCCGGCUGACCACUACAAUUUACAAAAUAAUGUAGGAUGAUUUAUACUCAGUUCAAUUUGCUGAUACAUUGCAGAUGCUGUUACAUUAGCAGCAUGUCUACUGGUACCUGCUUCCACUGUGGCACACAUGUAUCUAGUAGUCCAUCCCAGUCUGUCUCCUUGGGUUCCUUGGACACAGAAUGGACAGAUGUAUUAUUGGCCUUGUUUCCAGAAGAUAAAGCUUACCACAGUGCUGAUGAGGAGUGCUUCUGUAACAGAACCAAAGAACUACAGGGCUAAUUUCAGCCAAACUUGCCACAAAGCAUGCUUGGGUAAAGAGGAUUCAAGUUUGUUCAAAUGAAGGCCCAUGCUUUUUCCAAAGGGGAGUUCAGGUGCAAGCUGGCCAUUCUUCAUGCUUCCAAACAGCAGCAAGCAUCGAUGGAUGCAGUAAAAAGUUUAGCAGCAUUAGCCAAGACACAAGAUACAUCAUCCAAUCUCCUAUCACGAAAUGUCAUGUCAUCUGCUAUAAAGGAUAUUGAGCAGGAAUGGUUUUUCCUAAGCUUCAACAGACGAGAAAGUUCUUUGAUGUGGCAGGGCUCAAAGAAAGGGAAGAAGUUCAUUAACAGAAAUAACUACACUACCCGCUCCUUCCAUCAAUACUGUACAGACAAAGAUGAAAGUGACACAGCUGAAGAUGAUGAUCAAAUCACCAGAGAAGAGGAAGACAGAGAAAACACAGAUUUUCCCAACGAAUCUAAUGACGUAGAGAGCGAGCAAGAAUCUAAUGGCAUAGAGAGCGAGCAAACUUUGGUAUGGAUUUGCUGUGUUUGUAAUGCUUCAUUCAGCAUGAAGAAGCUAUUGCUACACCACAUUCGUAAAUUACACAACCUCAGGGGGGAUGAUGCAGAAAUUGUGGCAAAACGGGAUUUUGCUCAUGAUUCCAGUGGAUCAUCAACUUCAAAGAGAAUCAGAAUGGGUGAGGAUGUGAACAGAGAGGAAAGCGAAGGAGGAGAUGAUGGCAAGCAGUGGAAAUGUUUGGAGUGUGGAAAAAUUUACAUGUACAAAAGCAAUGUCAAAUGCCAUUUGAAGAAAGAACAUAAUGUAACCUUGGCUGAAUCUCCACAAUACACAGCAAAGGCAACUUCUGAGGAAGUCGCAGCAGCUAUAGUUAAAGGGAAAGAGAACUGCCAGUUCAUGUGUAAGAAAUGUGGAAAAGUUUACGCACUAAAGUCCUCUGUGGUACGCCACUUAAAGUCUUACCAUCAUGUUGGAAGUAAAAGUACUCAAAAGUUCUUUUCAAUUAAAAAUGCGGAUCCUGAAGAAAAUAAAACAAAUAGACUAAACCAGCCACCUGUUAUCCCCAACAUGAAGAGGAAAUCCACAGUGAAAGCUGAGAGGGUAUGGAGAUGUAAGAUUUGUCAAAUAUCAUUUCAAGAUCAGAAAUCCAUUGAGGAGCACAUGUCUAAAGUACAUGAAAUGAGAAUCAGCAAGUCUAGAGCUUACAUGGAUGUUCCAUUAUCUGAUGAUGAAGACAAUCUCCAAAGUGAAAGUGGUGAUGAUGAAUCAUCAGGACCUCCAAAUAUUUCUCAUGGCAUGCAUUUAGAUGAAGACUGUGUAAUGAACGAUGAUCCUAAUUCUAUGAAAACAAAGUUGAAACAGUGGGGGUGUAUGAAAUGUGGAGGAGAAUUUUGUCACAAGAAGGAUGCUCUGAGACAUCUUCGUGUUCGUCAUUAUUUGUCAGAACAAAAACGGUAUACAUACUUGAAAAAACUUGAUGCAGAUGAAAACAUGCCUGAACUGGAGAAGGAAACUCUAUCGCUUGCCAAAAAAGCCAUAUUUCCUUCUGAAAAAGUUAAGAAAUGGCACUGCACAAAAUGUGGUAGUGAGUAUAACCACAAGUCAGAUGCUUACCGUCAUCUGCUGCUUCAACAUAAAAUUAAGUGUGACAAAGAGGAGUUUAUCAUAGCGUCUGUGUCAGACAAACAGAACUCGGAGAAUGAUGGAGAUGACGAAUCCAGUGCUGAAGGGCAGGCUCGUGAAACGGAAGUCUUUGAUACUGAAGUUGAGGGAGAGAAAACAAUUUGGGGAUGUCAAAGUUGCAAGAAGAUCUUCACAGAGAAAUUCAUGGCAGAGGAUCAUAUGAGGACACACCAUAAUCUCUCUCUGACCGAGUCCGGGGAGGAAGGAAGAAAUAUCUUAGUUCAGAGUCAGCAUAGCAAACAAAUUAAAUGGAAAAAGAAUAUAGAGGAAGACGUUGAGAUUGAUGUUGAAAGUACAGAAGAGAAAGUCCAAAACACAGAAGAGAAAGCCCAAAAAGAGUGGUUCUGCAAACUCUGUGACAAGAGUUAUUAUCGGCGAUCUGAUGGAGCUAGGCAUUGCAGGAAUAUCCAUGGCGUCACCUAUGAUGAAGGCAAACUUCUGGUUAUGCAUAUUUCUGAAAUGUCUGAAGAUAAACUAGACACAAAAGUGGAAAAAAGUAACAAAUCAGAAGAGGAAGGUACACAACAUCCAUGGAAAUGUAUAAAAUGCCACAAGCAGUUUGAAACGAAGCCUGAUAUUCAACGUCAUCUGACUGAUAUACAUUACAUUACUGACCAAGAUCAUGACUUUUUUAUUGAAAGGAAUAAGAACUACAUUACAAAAUGGAUGUGCAUUAAAUGUGGACAAAGAUUUUUUCACCGCUUUGAUACUUCUAGACACAUUAAUUUGACACAUGAUGUUGUGUGGGAGAAAACCAAAGACUUUGUACAGUUUCUUGAUGACUGUGAUUCAAGCUUUUUAGUGGCCCAGGAGAGAGAUGAUUCCAAGCCAUAUGUGUGCUUGAUUUGCCAAAAACUCUUUUGUUCAAAGAAACAUUUAAUGACUCAUCUACAGAAAUUUCACAAUGCAAAAAUUGAUGCUGAAAAUUUUGGAAAGCAUGUGUUAAGUUUUCGCAAAGUUCAUUCAAGGAACUGGGAUUGCAUAUCUCCUGAAGACGCUGAUAACAUAAAACAAAAUGUACCGCUGUCACUUUUGAGUGCAUACAUAAUGGAGGAAAACACUGAGGCUAGAAUAGAAGAUUCAUUUAAUGUAGAUGACAUAGAUGUGAAGGCCUUACAUGGAGAAGGGCCAUAUUCCGAAGAAAAUUGGGCAAAGAUUAUAGGAACAAGCUAUGAAAGUACAUGCAAUAAGUCCACUUCCUACAGACCAAAGAACAACAUAGAAAACAAACGAUUUAUCUGCAUGCUUUGUAACCUGAGAUACUACAAAAUGAAGGAGGCCCAGAGACACAUGUAUUUGAAGCACAAAAUAAGCUAUAUAGAGGCUGUGAAUUACAUUACUGAGAACAAAGAUGUGGUGUUUGAUCAAGAUGCUGAAUUACCAGGGGAAAGAACUCCUAAACGACGAAAAAUCAGGGAGAGCAACAGCCAUGUUUUCUUCUGCACACUUUGCAUGAAGGCUGCCAUUCAUUUUCAGUCCAGCCAGCAUCAUGUUAUCCAGUACCACAAGGAAAAGAAAGAAAAUGUCCACAAAAAGAUUUGUAGAUCACAAAAUGUGGAGGUAUUGAAACUAGGAAAUGAGGACAAAAUGAAUUUUGUUUGUAUGCUUUGUUGUGUUACAUUCAGAAGCAGAAUUGAUGGUUUCAAGCACAUUGCUAAGGAACACCCAAUGGUACCUCAUGAUGAAAUAUCAAAGUUUUUAUUUCCAAAGGGAGACAAGAUGAAAACUUGUGUUAUAAAGUUUGAUAGGCUGAGUGGACUCAUCAAGAUUUUUAGUGUUACAACAAAAGAUAUUUUGAAUGAUGUAAAAUUUUCUGAGGAGGUCAGCAACAUCAAAGAGGAGGAUGGGUCCGAUUCAGAAGAGGAUAAGAAAAAAGCAAUUAAGAUGGAGAAAGAAGAUGAGAAAGACAUUCUGAGAGAGUGUGAGAAUGUGGAAGAUGCCUUAGCAAUCUUAUUGACAAAUAUGAGCAACCCAGAGAGUUUUCAGAAGUUUGCAUAUAAUGAUUUUUACUACAUAUUUUCCAUUCCUGCCAAAUCUCAGAAGAGUGUUCCUGUUAGUGAGGUUAUUCAUAUUUCUUGUCCAAACUGUCCCCGAGAAUUCAUCAAUCAACAUGCCCUUCGCAAGCACUUGUUGUCCUGUUGUGUUCCAAAUCAGAAUGCUUGGGAAUGUCUGAAUUGCAGGAAAAGCUUCAAAUCUGUUGGUGCUUUGGUGAAUCAUAUUCAGAAGAUGUAUGGAAUUCAAGGCACAGAUGUGUUGAACUUCAUGCGAUCAAGAGAAAUUCUUAUAGCACCAGAAAAUGGGGCAGAGAUUCCAAUUGAUGGCAGAAAUGAACAAGAUAUUGAUUCUAUAUACCAUUCAAAGGCAGUCGAAGAAAAUGUUGGAGAGGAUGAAAAUACUAAUGAAUUUGAUCCAAGCACUGAUGAGAGAGACUCGAGGAAACUGUGUUUUGUGUGUGGACAUAGGUGUACAGAUAGGAAGGAUCUGUUUAAGCAUUGUGAGGAGGUCCAUUUCAUCACUGGUCACAAUAACAGAUUCACAGAAUGCAUGCAAUGUGUGUCCUAUUUCAAAUCAAGAAAGGACAUUAUGAAUCAUCUGCAGAAUGUCCAUGGUGUUAAAUGUCCAAGGCUCUGUGAAAAAAAACAUGUUUGUGUCAUUUGUGAAGGGAAAUUUGAUGACAAUGUUCAGCUUGCCAAACAUGUUAAGACACAUGGCAACCAAUUUUCCUGCAAACACUGUAACAAGAAGUUUGGAAGCUAUUCAAAAAUGUCAACCCAUUUGAAAAUACACACAGAAAAAUUUCCCAAAAAGCCAGUCAUUUGUGGCAUUUGUAACUUAUCUGUUCCUGGAGAGUCCUAUCUUGGACAUCUAAUUGUUCACUACGACAGAAAAUAUGGACCAUGGAAAUGUCUCGUGUGUGAAAAAGACUUUCAUCUUCGAAGAAAUUUGAGAGAACAUCUGAAAGGAGAACAUAAAACAUUUAUUUGUGAGAAAUGUGGGAGGACCUUCAAUUGCAUGUACACAUUCAAGCGACAUGAUUCUAUGCACAAAAGUCAGAUUAAAUGCACAUUAUGUAGCAAACAGUUUGACAAUAAGAUUGAACUUGCUGUCCACAAGAGAAUUCACAUGAAAUAUUGGAUAUGUCAUGUUUGCGGAAGAAAUCUCUCCAAUCAAACUGCAUUGAAUAGCCAUUUAAAAGCUCACAAAGAGAAAAAGUUAUUAGCAUCCGCUCAAAAGCAAGAAAAGUUCUGUCAGAUCUGUAGCAGAACCUUUAGCAGCCAUGAAAUGUAUCAGAAACACCAGGCAAUUCAUAAAGGUGACAGACUCCACAGUUGUCAGUUCUGUGGGAAGAAAUACUCCUAUGUCGGCUCCCUAAAACUUCAUUUUCGCUCCAAUCAUCCUGAACACAAGCCUUAUAAGUGUGUUGUCUGUGGGAAGACUUUCUCCACCUUCCACCAGAGGUUUCUCCACAUGAGAGAACACAAAGAUUACAAAGACCCCAUAAGACCUUUCAAAUGUUCAUUCUGUCCUGGGAGAUUCAAACACAAAAUGAGUCUUCACCGCCAUGAAAGGCUCAAACACUUAAAUGAAUCGCUGAUUGGCUUCAGAUGUGAAAAAUGCAAAAGGGAAUUUGCAAAUGGACAAAGCAUGCUCAGACAUGCCAUGUUUUGUGAGCCAGUUCACCAUCCUCUACAAGCAGGUGGAGAAGAUGCCAAUGUCUUGGUGGAGAAUGAGAAUACCGAAUUAGAGGUAGUGGCCGAGGAAACAGUCGCAGACAACUCUGGUGCACGGUAUGAGGUGGUGGAGGAACCUUCGUCUGUACAGGUUCACACUAUCAAUAUUGGCUCUGAGGUGUUGUCUUUCUCCUGCAGUGAACAGGAGGAGCUCAUCCUCGAGGUACCAGAAGGGAUGCUAGUAGAAACAGAUAAUGGGUAUCAGAUCAUUGUGUCAGAGGGAAAAUAAAUGAAUAUCUGGCUCAUAUUAUACUAUCAGUAUUAAGCUAUUUUAAAGUACAAAUGAUGCUCGAGGAUAAACUUGCUGAGUAUGAUGAGUAUUUAUUAAACUUUACACAGACAUGCAGCAUCAUCAUUGCUUCCAUGGACGACUAAAUAUUUCUCUUACUGCAAGUGAAACAUAGGAUUUAUGUCUCAAGAACAUCAAAAUAUCAUGAAAUUUAAUGUCCACCAAGAGCUAGAAAUGACAAACUCCACUCCAUUUUCUUUCUUCAAAUCACUUUUUGUCAUGGAAUUUAGAUGCACAUGCAGUUGUAUUUUAAAUGUUGGCACACUUGGUAUAUUAUCUCAAUCAGCAAUGACUCUCAGUUGUCAAGUUCACAUCACAGAUGCAUAUUUUUUCAAAAUCAAGCUUUACUGGGUUUUUUCUUGAAUUGAUACAAUCAAGCAAUGGAGACAUUUAGACUGUUAAUGGGAACAUCUAUUAAGAGACAUUAUACCGAGUGUGUGAGAGGACUCAUCAGUGUGAUGAGUUAUUUUUUAUGUAAAGAGAGAACAUCUAAGGGCUGUUAACCUUUAUAUGGAUUUACUAAUCUGAUAAUCUUGUAGUGCAGUGGACUUGAUUACAAUCCCUUUACAUGACAUUGCUGUGAUUUCCUAUAGUAGAGUAGUUUGUAUUAGGCACUGUCAUUGUUACAUGUAUGGACCUGGUAUUUCAGAAUUGUUGAAUAGCUAUGUAAACUCUAGUUUCGACAGUUUUCAAGUAGACAUACAUACACAUGUAUGAUUUCUAGAAGGUUGGGGAUAGGGUUUUGUUUCUAAAGGUAAUUGAGAUAUUUUUUUUUUACAUGUACAUAUUGCAAAUGUCACAAGUCAGAAUUUAAUUGCAUUGGCCAGAAUUCCUACAGGAGAUAAUAAACUGCUAUUUUGAAAUCCAACUGUCAUUAUGAUGGGAUAUAUAUAUUUACUUUCCAAAUGGAUUGUUGCAUCUAAUAUUUUUUAAUGUACAUUUGUAUACUGAAUUACUAACAUUUGUGUGAUGAACUGAUGAGGGUUGAAACAAUGAUAUUAUUGGACUAAUUCAUGAUUUUGUAUCUUAUGAAAUUUGAAUUCUAAUAAAUGACAAUAUGAAA